UCCAACAUGGCGGCCGCGGCUCUGCGCUGAACUUCUCCUGUGAGGAAAAAUAAAAAGCCGAGGAAACCCCGCGAUGUGCCGCCUCUCCCCCGCUCCCUGUAGCACCCGCGGACGGACCUGAACUGCCUGCGUGUGAGACGUGACGGAGGAGGCGAUGCUCAGUCAGGAGCGCGGCUCAUUUUAAAACUUAAAACUUUUUUUUGUUGCUUCAGGCUAGUGUGCUAGCUUUAAAGGGAGUUUAGUUAGCGCGACACUUCCCACAGCUCCGCGGACUGAGGCGAGAGGUUCCGGAGAGCACAGCGGCUGACUUGUGUGUGUGUUUUCUGAGGGGAGAUGGCCCAGUCACCGGUGGCUGUACAAGUUCCCGGAAUGCAGAACCCUCGAGCAGACCCCGAGGAGCUCUUCACCAAACUGGAGCGCAUUGGGAAGGGCUCGUUUGGAGAGGUCUUCAAGGGCAUCGACCGCCGCACGCAGAACGUGGUGGCCAUCAAAACCAUCGACCUGGAGGAGGCCGAGGACGAGAUCGAGGACAUCCAGCAGGAGAUCACCGUGCUGAGCCAGUGUGACAGUCCACAUGUCACCAAGUACUACGGCUCCUACCUGAAGGGCAGUAAGCUGUGGAUCAUAAUGGAGUAUCUUGGAGGAGGAUCAGCUCUGGAUCUGUUGCGGGCCGGGCCUUUUGAUGAGUACCAGAUCGCCACCAUGCUGAAGGAGAUCCUGAAAGGCCUGGACUACCUGCACUCUGAGAAAAAGAUCCACAGGGACAUCAAAGCCGCUAACGUGCUCCUGUCCGAGUCUGGCGAGGUGAAGCUGGCGGACUUCGGUGUGGCGGGGCAGCUCACGGACACCCAGAUCAAAAGGGAGACGUUUGUGGGAACGCCUUUCUGGAUGGCCCCGGAGGUCAUUCAACAAUCUGCGUACGACUCCAAGGCUGAUAUCUGGUCACUGGGCAUUACCGCAAUCGAGCUGGCGAAGGGCGAACCGCCCAACUCUGACAUGCACCCCAUGCGUGUCCUCUUUCACAUCCCGAAGAACACCCCCCCCACCCUCAACGGGGACUUCUCCAAGACCUUCAAGGAGUUUGUGGAAUCGUGUCUAAACAAAGACCCUGCGUUUAGACCGACUGCGAAGGAGCUGCUGAAGCACAAGUUCAUCAUGAAGAAUGCCAAGAAGACGUCCUACCUCACUGAGCUGAUAGACAGGCUGAAGCGCUGGAGGACUGAGGGACACAGUGACGGAGACUCGGACUCAGACUCGGACCCAGAGCCGAACAGCAGAGACAGUGACUCGUCCCCCGAGUGGUCCUUCACUACGGUCCGCAAGAAACCUGACAAGCAGUCCAAUGGGAUGGUGUCUCUCGAUCAAGCGGUACAGAAAAAGUCAGCCAGUCUGGCCACAGUUAUAACGCCAGUGUUUACUGAGCUAAAACAGCAGCACAGGGACGGGGACAAGCGGAGGAGUGUGAUUGAGAAUCUGGAGAAGAGUCUGCACGCUGCUGAGGACGUCUGUCCCGGGAUCACAGAUAAGAUGAUCAACCACAUCCUGGAGAGGGUGCAGAGGUUCUCUAUGAGUUAAGUUCAGCUUGGGAAUGAAACACACACACACCUGACGCUGGACGACCAAACAGCUCUUCCUGUUCACUGAACAUUACACACACACACACCUCUCUCCACUCAGAGGAAUAGGAGGGACUCAGGUUACACACACACAC